UUUAAGAAGUUUAUAAUAUAUAUUAUAUUUAAUAAAAACAUUUUAGUAAUAUAUCAAUAAUUUGACAUAUGUGAAACGUUAUGACAUGACCUAUAAAAUAGCGCCAUCUUUAAUAAAAUAAUGAAAACACGAUAAAAAUAAAAAUCGAAACCACACAAUGGUUUCACUUUUUGAAAAUUACGAACAGCAAUAUUCAGUAUUAACAGCCGACAUUACCGCCCAAAUUGGACUCCUAACAGCCUCAGCUACUAGUAAGCGAACGUUUAUUUUUUUUAAUUUAAAAUGUAGGUUAACCACCUACCUUUUUUUUCCUAUAGAAGAUCGUCGCCAGCUCAUUUCAAAUAUUGAAAAACAUGUCGAAGAAGCUCAAGAAUUGCUGGAACAAAUGGAGUUGGAAGCGAGAGAAGUGGAUCAAUCGAAAAGACAAAGAUGUAGAACGAAAUUGGAUUGUUACAGAGCCGAAUUGAAGAGACUCACUUUGGAUUAUAUAAAAUCAAGAUCGGUUAAACAAGGAAUUUUAUACGACAGUACGGAAGAAUUGAACGACAUCAGAAUAUCUUCUGAUCAAAAACAGAGGCUUUUAGACAAUUCCGAAAGGAUAGAAAGAACCGGAAAGAAACUCGAGGAAGGUUAUAGAGUCGUAGUGGAAACCCAAGAAAUCGGCAACGAAGUAUUGAAGAAUUUAGGCGAACAGAGGGAAACUAUACAAAGAAGUAGAACAAGGCUACGAGAAGCCGAUGAGGAACUAAAUAGAUCCGGUAGAUUGAUGAAUUCGAUGAUUAUGAGAUCUUUACAACAAAAAGUUGUGAUUUAUACAGUUUGUGUUUGCUUCAUUAUAGCUGUUUGUCUCGGGGUUUAUAUAGGGAUCAAAAGAAGAUGAAAAUACGUUUUAAUCAAACUUAGAACAUUGUAAGUGCAAAUUUUAUUAAAUUAAGUCGUAAUUUUCACUAAAUUAACCAUAUAAUUAAUUUAUAAGACAAUUUAAUCGUGUUUUUUGGGUUUUCAGUAAAUUUUUCUUUUUUAAUUUUCAUAUUUUUUAUAAUUGUAUCAAAAAAUAGAGGGAAGUUUAUUAUUUUGUUUAUUUGUGGGUUUAAAAAAUGUCUAUUAACAGUUAGUUUGCGUGUAUCUAUCAGCGGAAAAGGGGUUAAUGUAUGAUGUUGGUGGGAAACGAUGUUAAAUUGAUAAUUUUAGGUUGUUUUGUUCAAAUUUGAGUUCAAUUCUGUCAGAAACUUUCCUAUUUUGGAAAGAAUAUACAAAUAUGUCUUAUUAUUUGUCUAUCUUUCGCUUAAAGGACAUAACUUUCAGCGUCAGUCAGAAAUUAUGUGAAAUUGGUGAAAUUCCUCAAUUUUUAAAUUAAUUUGGGUUUAAUUUUUGCUAAAACUUCUGCUAUUUCGUAAUAUUGUGGUUUAUAUGUUCAUCAAAAGAUGAAAAAUGUUUUUUCUGAAUGAAAUGGACAAAUAUCUCAUGAAUUUACUCUACGGUCAACUUAAAGGGCUUAAAUCACACGAAAAAGGUGUUGAACACGUGAAAUUUUUCGAAAUUCCUUCUUCUGACCCUUCCAGGCAUUUAAUCAAGAUUUUUGGUCAAAUUUGGGUUUAAUUUUUGCUAAAACUUGUACUAUUUCGUAAUAUUGUGGUAUAUGUUCAUCAAAAGGCUGAAAAAUAUCUUUUUUCUGAAUGGAAUGAACUAAAAAAUGGAAAUAUCUUUUAGAUUUAGCCUACGGUCAACAUAAAGGACUGAAAUAGAUGGUUUUAGGUGGAAAUGUUGUUAAUCUGAUGAAAUUCUUCAAAAUUUGGUUUAAAGUUUCUUUUUUUUUUACUAUUUCAAUCAUCAAAAGGUAAUUUUUGAGUAAAUUUAACAAAAUCAACUAAAAAAUGUCGAAGUAUCUCAUGAACUUGGUCUAAGGUCAAAAUGAAGGCCUCAAAUACAUGAUCUUAGUUGGAAAUGUUCAUAAACUGAUGAAAUUCUUCAAAAUUAACUUCAAAUUUCCUUUUUUUUAUUAUUCCAGCCAUUAAAUGAAGAUUUUUGUAAAAAGCUCUGGUAUUUUCAAAUGUUGUGUCUUAUGUUCGAAAAAUUAAAGAAAAUUGAUUUUUUCUGAAUGAAAUGAACUAAAAAAUGUACAAAUAUGUUUUGUCUUUUGUCUAUCUUUUGCCUAAAGGACGUAAAGGUGUGUAGUGAUUGAAAAUGUAGUUAAAUUUUUGAAAUUUGAUUAAAAAAUUCUUCUUUUGACCAUUCCAGCCAUUAAAUGAAAAUUUUUCAUCAAAUUUGACUCAAAUUUUUAUUUUCCCUUGAUUAUAUCUUUUACCCAUCCAUCUAAUGUUGAUAAUUUGUAACCAAACGAGAUGUACCAAGAUUUUUUGUUAUAUUUUAGUUCAUUUUUCGCAAAAAAUUUCACAAAACUCCAAAUAUAUCUUCAAAUUCAAGAAUAUUUCCUUUAAUUCUUAAAGACCUCUAAAUAUAAGACUUUAACCUUACAAUUUCUCGUUUCUAUUAUAAAGUCACUUUGUAAUUUAAUUUAAUUUUAAAACAUAUAAAACUGUCUAAAAAUUGAAGAAAUUCAUUUAUUUUUGCACUUAUUAUGUAAAAGUUUUCAAAAACGUUAAAUUCAACCCAGAAUAUGUGUAUAUAAACAUUUAUAUAUGUAUAAUUACUAGUCUUUUAAAUUUAAGAAAAUUUUUAAACAAUUUCGUCAAAUUUGAAUGAAAUGUUUAAAAUGAAAUUUCAUUUUGUAUUGUAUUUGAUGAAAUUUUUAAUCUGUGAAUACAAAAAUGCUUACGAGCCUUGUAAACCUUUUGUAUUUACUUGUAUCAACAACAAUACGGCACAAAAGCCCCUAGAUUUGAAUAAUCACAACCGGAAAUAUUUACGUCGUUAAUCUAUAUUUAAAUAAUUUUUAAGGUAAACACAUAUAGUAUUUAACGUGUAAAUAAUAUGAUUUACGUUUAACAGAGAUCCAAGACUUUGUGUACGACUGACCAGCUCAGUAAAAAAAAAUUUUUGUUGAUAAUUUCGUCCUGCUAGUCAGUUUGACACCAAAUCUAAUUAAAUUUUACGUUUAUACAUUCCUGUAUACAUAUGACGCUGCAAAUGUGAUUGUUUUAUCAAUAAAACUAAUUUAAAUGAAA